UGGAUAGUCGGGAAAAUGGUGUCCCUCCAGAAGGCGGGCCUCCAGGACCUGGAGCACCUGCAGAAACUUUACGCAUGCGACCUCUCCAAGUAUUGUACAGAGUUCCAGUGUCUGGACAGUUUCAUUGGUCUCUAUACGACUCGGUUGCAUCUCAAGAAUGUGGAAGUUUUCACCCUGCCGGACCAAGAACUUGGGCUGUUUGUGAUUGUGGAUCGCUAUCAGAUCUUCGUCGGUUGUUUGGAUACUGAGAACUCGGAGCAACUGUUGGAGCAGGCCCUACACCAGCUGGACUGGUGGGGAGGCAUGCAAUGUUCCUCCAUACGCAGCAGAUAUGGUGCGGCUGUCGCCCGAGUCGUAAAAAGCAAAGUGCCGCCAUUGAAGUUCGAUCUGGAAAAUAAUUUGUACUUUCUUCCAAAGGAAGAGGCUUUGGAGUUGGACGUGGAAGUUCCCUGUGGGUUCUAUUUGAAAGCAUUGUCGCAGCAGGACGCUCACGUGAUAGACAGCUCCUGGGAAUGGAGUCAUUCGGGUUCGUUCUUUUUUAUUGAACGUCAAAUUCUCACGAGCAUCUGCGUGGGCCUGUACCAGGAAGAUAACCAAGAGCUGGUUGCUUGGUGUAUAAGAGCACAAGAUGGAUUUCUGGCUGCCCUCCAGGUCAAAGAUUCGCACCAACGUCGCGGCUUUGGGGCUGUGGUGGUGAAAGAGUAUUCCAGACGAGUUGCCCUGCUGGAUUAUGAUGUUAUAGCCGAAGUUUAUCCGGGAAACAAGGCUUCUUCAGGCUUGUUUCGCAAAUUGGGCUUCAAGGUCAUCGAUCAGUGCCGUUGGCUGGCGACAGUGCCUUCCCAAGGCGACUUCACCUGGCCAGAUGGAGAAUGAUAAUAAUUAUUGAUAAGAACUGCAAUUAGAAUAUUAUAAGAUUACAAUACAACAUCUGUUCUUGGCAACUA